AUGGCUUCUAUUCUCGUGGACAAAGGUGCUGAUGUUACUGCUACAGAUAUAAACGGUUUGAAUGUAUUGCACUAUGCUGUGGAUUCAGGUACUUUGGAAAAUGUUAAGUUUGCUUUGAAUUUAGGACUGGAUGUCAACUGUAAGGAUAAUAAGAAGUGGACUCCUUUACUAAGAGCAGCGAUUCUUAAUAUAUCGGAAGAUGUGAUUAAUUUCUUGUUGGAGAACGGGGCGGAUUUGAAUAGUAUAGAUACAAAUGGUUUUGAUUAUAAAAAGCACCGGUUUAUAUCAUCAUUAUAUGCAAAGGUCGAAACUGAUGGAAAAUGGACGUAUUUUAAGACUGCAACAGAUGACGAAAGCCCUUAUUCUUUAGUUUUGCACAUGUCCAGAGCAGUAAAAUUAGGGAAAAUGCCGCUCAUUAGGAAAAUCGCUAAUAACAAACCUCACCUCCUGGAAACGGAAAAUAAAGAGAACAAGACACCCUUAGUUCAAGCCAUAGAAUCGGGAGAUAUUCAAAUACUGCAACUGUUGAUAAACCUAGGGGCUAGCACAAAUACACCCCUUUUUUUCAACAAGAGAACUCCUCUUAUGGUAGCAGUUUACAAUGGCAAACUACAAAUGGCUUCUAUUCUCGUGGACAAAGGUGCUGAUGUUACUGCUACAGAUAUAAACGGUUUGAAUGUAUUGCACUAUGCUGUGGAUUCGGGUACUUUGGAAAAUGUUAAGUUUGCUUUGAAUUUAGGACUGGAUGUCAACUGUAAGGAUAAUAAGAAGUGGACUCCUUUACUAAGAGCAGGUGUUACUAUUUGA